CAUAUGAUGGAUCAUUUUGGUGAAUAUUGGUUUUAAGAAACAACAAACCAGCCAAACAAGCUUUUCUUGCUUCGGUUGAUAGGACCAUUCGGUUCUAUAAAUUAUGAACAGUUGAACAUCCAUACAUUUAUGUUGAAAUUUUCACUUUUGAAUUUUUUGAUUAUGCGUGUCGUAUAUCAGCAAACUAAACAUCAACUUGACGUUGAUGCGAAUCGAGAUUAUAAAGAGAAGGCGAAAUGCAAUGCAAAAGUUUUUGAGGGGUGAUAUUGCCGAGCUUCUAAGACUUGGUCACGAUUCUGAAGCGUAUAGAAGGGUAGGGCGGCUAUAUCUCGACCAGAAUAGAACCCUAUGCUAUGAUUUUGUUGGGAAAUAUUGUACACUCAUCUCAGACCAACUAACGGUAAUGAACGAACAGAGCGAAUGCCCGGAUGAAUGCAAGGAAGCCGUCUCAUCUUUGAUAUACGCAGCGGCAAGAUUUGGCGAUUUGCCAGAACUACGUAAACUUAGAACCUUAUUUUCCAAGAGAUAUGAGAAUUCAUUUAAAUAUUUCGUAAACAAAGAGUUUAUUGAUAUGUUGAAUCCGGGCCGCCCAACAAAGGAAAUGAAAGUUCAGUUGAUGCAAGAGAUAGCUCAAGAACAUGGUGUCGAAUGGGAUCCCGAGUCAUUAGAUAAUAGGUUACACAAAUCGUAUUCAUCUCAUCGUGACUUGUCCGAAAAUGCCGGUGACGAAAAAGACAAAGAAUCUCCUACAGCUGAUCGCGAAAACGGGUGGAUGAUCAACAUUCAAGAAACGAUAAACAAUGAUAGCAAUGCGCGUAAAAAAGAUGAAUCAAAUGAUGAUAUUGUAAAGCAAACAGAAAAUAUGCGUCAACGAAUUUUGAAUUUUUGGUCAAGAACCACUAGUCUACACUCGACGACUAGUCGAGAGACAAGCACAAGUCCGGACGAAGGUUCAACUUCUUCUGAUGAAUCAACCAAGUCAAGACCAUUCCUCAAUUUUUGGCCGCGUUACUUGAGAAAUGAUCCCAACAAAAAGGUAACAAAUUCCGACACUGUUUUAGGUUCCCCGACAAAUAAUACACAAGAACAUGACGACAACAAAGAGAAUGGGGAUGUUUCGGUUCAUCCAAAUGUUGAAAAGCGGGACAAUGAAAAAGUUGUGGUAGCGCCGCGGGUGAAGAACAAAUGGAGGAGAAAGAGGGGGGCUUCGAACCAACCAGACGUGACAGUGAAACCUCAGACGCGACAUGUUCAUCCUAAACUUCCUGAUUAUGAUGAUAUUAAGGCUCGGUUUGCGGCUUUUAGAGCAAAAACUUAAUGCUAGUGUUUCAUGUUGGAUUAAAGUUAACAACACUAUUGUUUAAAUGACCCACAUGGUGUACAUACUAUGUCAUAUGGUAAGUUAAGGGCUACCAAAAUAUAAUUCUAAGAAGAAAACCGGUCAUGUUAAAGCA